UCAGUCUCAGACCAAUCAUACAUGUCUCACAUCAGAAAGAUCAGACAUCCAGCUUCUGGUCCCGAGCUUGCACAAGCCAUUCCCUCCAUAAUCGACGGCCUCAUCCCUACUCAACGCAAAGUCCUCCACACUCUUCUCCAGCAAAAAUCAAACAGGGAGAUCAAAGUCAUCGAACUUGCCUACAAAGUCUGCUCUCUUGAUGUCCCAGAUACAGACCCAUCUGCAACUCAACAAACCAUCAUCAAGCUAGCACAAAACUUUGUCGGCGCAAAUAACAUCAAUUACCUCGAGCCAGGGGGGAAUUUUGGAAGUCGUAGAAAUGGCGGGGAGGAUGCUGCGGAGGGUAGGUUUGUGUAUACAAAACUUUCUGCAUUGACGCGUGUUAUUAUGGAUGCUUGUGAUGAUGGGGGUUUGAUCCAUCGUGAGCGAAAUGGUAAAAAAGCGGAGCCGGUGGUGUAUUUGCCCGUCAUACCCAUGAUCCUGGUCAAUGGAUGCGACACCCAUGGAGAUGGUUGGAAUACUUUUAUACCUCCUUAUAAUCGAAGAGAGAUUGUUGAUAAUCUGCGACGAAGGAUGAAUGGCAAUUCAAGGGCGGAUAUGCGGCCCAUGGAACCGUGGUAUCGCAACUGGACUGGUCGCUCGGAGAGGCUCGAUGCGAACCACUUCAUCCUUAGCGGAAACGCUCAGAAAACAGCAGAAGGUCUCCUCAAGAUCACGGAAUUGCCUCCUAAGCGAUGGCCUCGGGACUUCAAGAAGGUCUUGAAGAGGCAUAUUUCCGAAGCCACCUCCGCGAUCAAGAGCUACACACAAAUUGCAUCUCCCAACGGCAUAAAUUUUGAAAUCACACUCAAAGACAAACAGAUGGAUGUCGCAACACAAAGAAGCCUCGAGGAAGAACUCGGUCUGCACCACAUCAUGACGACAGAAAAUCUCAUCGCCCUAGAUGCAGAUGGCCAAACCCAACAAUGUCAUACAGAACUCGAUAUGCUUGAAGAAUUCUACCUCCUCAGAUUCCAAGCCUAUCAGACAAGAAAGCAGCAUCUCCUCAAGACCAUACAAAAAGAACUCACGCAAUGGACCGAUCAAUUCCGCUUCGCCAAUAUGAUACUUAACGGCGAGCUCGACAUAUCCCAAGAGGAAACGAGUCUUGCUGAACAAUUGCACCAACGGGGAUUUGCGUCCAUCAAAGAUCAUAAUGAUGGCAACACGACGACGAAAAAGAGAAAGCGCAAUGCUAGCGAAGUCGAUAUCGCAUUAGCUGGUUAUGGGUAUCUCUUCAACAUGGCCGUCUCAUCCAUGACGCGAAAAGCUCUGAAUGAGCUUGAAUCCCAAAUCGCUAGUAAACGGGCCAGGAUGGACAAGAUACAAGAGACCACGAUCCAAGAAAUGUGGGAAGCGGAUCUUCGAGAUUUUCUUGUGGAGUGGGAUACUCAGCUUCAAAAACCUCCUGUGCAGGAAGCUUGUGUGCGGUGCGGCGGUCAAGGGUGCCAAUGA